ACGAUUUCGUACGUGUUAUUACCACGAAGAUGAACACGGUGUCAUCGUGAAAAAAUCUGUAUCACGGAAGAGAUCACAGUUAUUCAUCGCCCUGAUGGUGAGCAUAGGUAUCGUCCAUUGUGAGCCACCGUUGAACACUCAAUACGGUGUCCCAGGGAAUUAUGCUGGGAACAACAACAACAACAACAACAACCAGGUAUCCUCAGGUGGUGGAAACGGAUAUGGUAAUCAGGGAUCCUCAGGUGCUGGAAACGACUUUGGUAACCAUCAUUACGACAGUGGUAACGACCACGACUACGCCGACCAACCGAUGUCCUACGAGUUUGGGUACGCGGUAAAGGACCAGGCGACCGGAAACGAUUUCGGCAGACGCGAGACCAGCGACGGUGAGACAGUACGGGGGGAGUAUAGAGUGCAACUACCCGAUGGCAGGACGCAAAUAGUCACUUAUACCGCGGAUUGGAGGACGGGUUUCCACGCGGAUGUGAGAUACGAGGGCACGGCCACCUACCCUGAUCAGUACAACACCCAGAACAACGGUUACAAUAAUAAUAACAACAACAACAACAACAACAACCAGGGUGGUUCUGGAUUUGGUUACCAGGGUAAUAACGCUGGAGGAUACAACGGAGGAAACAACGGAGGAUACAACUACCAACAGCCCUCAGGCAAUUACAACAACGGUAACAACAACUACAACAACGGCAACAACUAUCAGUUCGGUUCCAAUGCUCUGGACAACGGUUACAACAACUUCGGCGCUCGAAACGGCUACAAUCCUAGGGUUCCAUCGCCCACGUAUGGGCCGGCCUUCCGUUGACCAUAGUAGAAUUUUAAUUGGCUUAGGAUAAGAGGCGUCCUGUAAGACUAGCUCCAUUUACAAUAAACAAAUGUUUUUUUACUUUC